AUGGGAUGGUUUUGGAGCUCUAGUCCUCAAAAGGACAAUACCGAUACAAAGACCCCGGUGGCACCGCAACCCGCUAUUCAAAAUGCACCACCUAAACAGUUGACACCAGACGAACAAGCCGAUAUGGAAUUCAACCAGCUUCUGGCCGACCUCCGAAAAGCAGACAGUGAAUUGAAUGAUUCAUCAUCUUCGUCACCAGGAUCUCAAUCCGACAAACCUAUCUCACCCAUCGCCCCCGAAUCCCUCUAUCCAGACACUAUGUCUUGUCGGUCAGCCUUCGACUACGCCUUCUUCUGCCAGUCCUUUGGUGGUCAAUUCGUGAAUGUUUAUCGAUAUGGAGAACUGCGGUCCUGCAGCGAACACUGGGAUAACUUUUGGUUGUGCAUGAAGACCCGGGGCUGGUCAGAUGAAUUGCGCAAAAAGACCAUUCGAGAUCACAAUCGGAAAAAGGCUAUCAAGUACAAGACUGGCCCUAGCAGUGAGGACGUAUGGGAUGUGAGACUUGAUCCUGCGAAGGGGGCCUUCCAGGGUGAUUUUGCUGCUCUGGAGCGGGAGAUGAAGGCUGAGGAGGAGGCUCAACAGCAAGCGGCAGCAUGA